AUGUCGACGACGUCAUCUGGAGAGAUUCAGAAGACGUCGUUGGAGAUUCACGAGAUUCCGUUUGAGGAUACGAAAGAGUUUCGCACGAAACGAUUGGUCGUUAGAGACUUUUGGAAGAGAGGAUACUAUAUAGCCGACGGGACACGAUUCGGCGGUGACUAUCUAGUCUACACACGGUCUCCCAACGAAUGUCACGCGGAAUUCGUGCUCCUCUGCACUCCGAUCACAGAUUCUCAACGAAUUUCAGCGAUGAGAUGUUGUAAUCAAGUGAAAAAGUGUCUGAUACUCGCGACGACUUCUCCCGACUCCACACAACCACAUUAUACGAAAUGCGAGUGGUUUCGACCAGAGAUGUUUUGA